AGCAGGAGUGGGGAACCAAUGAGCCUCCAGAUGUUGCUGACCUACAACUGCGAUCAUCCUUGCCUCAUCCAUGUGGGAACGAAUAAUACUGCCAAUCAGAGCUACAAAGAACUCACGUCAGACUUUGAAGCUCUAGGAAGGAAAUUUAAGGACUUUGGGGCCCAGAUAGUUUUCUCGUCCACCCUUCCGGUACUUAGAAAAGGAGUGGAAAAGGAAAGAAAAAUACUCCAGGUGAAUGACUGGCUAUGAAGAUGGUGCCUACAUGAGAGAUUUGGAUUCUGGGACCGCGGGCUACACUUCCUGGAAGAUGGACUGCUGGCAAGUGAUAGAUUGCACCUCUCAAGGACUGAGAAUAACAUGUUUGGCCGCAGCACGGAGAAAUUCAUCAGAGACCACACUUUAAGAAGGAUGCAGACAAACUGGUUCAGAGAACGGCAACGAGGAUGAUCAGGGGACUGGAAACAAAGCCCUAUGAGGAGAGACUGAAAGAACUGGGCAUGCUUAGCCUGGAGAAGAGAAGACUGAGGGGAGAUAUGAUAACACUGUUCAAGUGCUUGAAAGGUUGUCACACAGAAGGCCAAGAUCACGUCUUAAUCAUCCCAGAGUGCAGGACGUGGAAUGAUGGGCUCAAGUUACAGGAAGCCAGAUUUCAACUGAACAUCAGGAAAAACUUUCUAACUGUUAGAGCAGUACGACAAUGGAACCGAUUACCUAGGGACGUGGUGGGCUCUCCAACACUGGAGGCCUUCAAGAGGCAGCUGGACAGCCACCUGUCAGGUGCAGCACUCCUUCUCCAGACUCUUCUCAAUUUUGACCUCCUCGUUCCCGCCACCUCAGCUGGGCUGCACAAGGAGAAGGGGUCCAAUCUCGAGGGCAUCCCCCAGUGGCGGGUGACUCUGCAGAAAGAAUUUGAUAGCAGCUUAAGACACUCACGGCAACUUCUCUGCAAAACAAAGAGCCUUACACGUCACUAUCUCUCUGAUCGUCUACCUGGCGUCCAGCUCACUUUUGUACAACAGUCCAGGCUGUUUUCCUCAGUCAGCCUUGAUCUCCGCACAUGGCUUUCUCUUCCAGAUGUCAAGCGCCUGACCUACAUGACCGAAAUGCUGACGUUUUAUCGGGGGCUGGUACAACAGCUGAGUGAUCACGAGGCCAUCAAAGAAGACUCCAAAUUCGUUUCUAAGUUUCAAGAUCUCAGCUUUUCCCUUCGAGACCUGAGCCGGCAUGUGAGUUAUCAGAUUUCACUUUGGGGCCUGCCAUCUGAAAGCCAGCCUAAACCUACAGCCAAGCCCCUUCAAAUCCUCCAGCACCAGAGUCGGUGGAGGAAUCGGCAGGAGGUGUACCUCACCUUGCGCUCCCUCGAGAGUUUCCUGUGCCGUAUCACGCGGGAUUUCUUGCUGCUCAGGAUUAAGAUGGCUAAAGAAACUUCCCUUUCCAUGGCUCCCAGAUCCCCCCUUCUCCAUUUCUAAACCUGCCAGAGAAUGCCGGCAUCCUGGCAUCCAGACUCUU